AUGUAGGCCACGAUCAAAGCAAAAAUGGACAAAUGGCGCGGAUAAAGAUGAAGGGGAGUGAUAUUCAUGUAAUAUUAAAGAGAAAGUCAAAUCCAAAAGCUUGGGGUUUAGAAAUCAAGAAAUCGGUAUGAGAAUCCAAUGAAGCAGCAAAGAAUCCUCCGGUUUUCAUCCCACCAACAGCUAAUCUCUUCCAAUUUUGUUUCCUUUUUCUUCAUUCAUCGACGCUAGUGUCCGAAGAAUGAGGGCAAAAAUCUCUGAACGCCUUUCGAUUUCUCUUUCUCGUCGUUGUUGAUCCUUCGAGAUUCGUGAAGAAGGAGAAGAAGAACAGCGACAAACAAGAGAAGCUUAGUUUACAUUACUUCGGACUUCCUUUCCAAAAGUGAUUUUCGAGCCGUCUACUGCCUUGAUCACGAAGAGAGGCAUUGUUAAGUAGUUGGUUGAUUCCAAAGCAUCAUCGCUCGUGUUGUAAAUUGGCAAUGGGGAGUGUGGUGGGAAAGUUGGAAUCUCACAGCGAGUGUGUACCAGAAACAAAACUUGAAGCCAAAAUGGUUGAGGCAAUAAGACAAAGGGCAUCUAAAGGAAGCAUCAUUAGGUCUUUUGAUUGCAUAAUCUUGAAGUUCCCCAAAAUUGAUGGUAGCCUCAGAAAAUGCAAAACUAUUUUUGAAAAGUUUGAUGAGGAUUCGAACGGGAUAAUAGAUCGUCGGGAGCUUAAGGAAUGCUUCGAUGGGCUGGAAAUUUCGCUCACCCAGGAGGAAAUCGACGAUCUCUUUGAUGCUUGUGAUAUGAGUACAGCUAUGGGAAUAAAGUUCAAUGAGUUCAUUGUACUUCUCUGCCUUGUGUAUCUUCUCAAGGAUGAUCCUAAUCACAAAUCUCAAUUCGGAAUGCCGAAACUAGAGGAGACAUUUGAAUCUUUGGUCGAUGCAUUUGUGUUCUUGGACACAAACAAGGACGGAUAUGUAAGCAAGAGUGAGAUGGUAUCUGCUAUAAACGAGACCACAUCAGGCGAACGUUCUUCAGGACGAAUCGGGAUGAGGAGAUUUGAGGAGAUGGACUGGGAUAAAAAUGGAAUGGUAAACUUCAAGGAGUUUCUUUUCGCGUUCACCCGUUGGGUCGGUAUUGAUGAGAACGAGGAUGGAGAGGAGGAGGAAUGAAGCGCAGGAUCCCGAACAUAAUUCUUCUUUUUUCCAGCUGUUCUUCGUUCGAUGAUGGCGAAUCUGUACACACAUUCUCAUCUCUGAUCUGCUGGCCUUCUCAAACAAAACUCAACUGGAAGAUCACAAUGGUUUAAACGCUUUGGUUGUGAAUAUUCAUGUGUACUGGGAAGAGGAGCCAUAUAGUUUAAGACGAUGUUGUAAAGGCCAAGCCUCAGCCCUUCUACAUAUGAGGAUUGUCUUUGUUUAUUGUUCUUCUCCAUAACAGCUUUGAUUGAACUUCAUUGAAUGUUUGGGAAAAAGCUGAAAUUUCUU